GAGAGAGUGAAAAAGUUGAGUGAGAGAAACAAAGGUCAAACCGAGGCAGUUGAGUAAUUCUAACACCCAUUAUAAUUAUAUUGCCAAUUGCAUUGCAUUUGCAUAGGUGUAAUCAUUUCGUAGAACCUCAGUGCAUACGAGAUCAGAACCCUCCCCAUGUUCCCUUUUUUCUUUUUUUAUUUAUCUUGCCAACUCAAAGUACAGCAACCACCAUAUAUCAGGUAUUAUCAGUGUGUUUCUGUGUGACUCCUAAGGAAUUUUCACAGCCCCUACUACCCAUAUCUUCUUCGUGAUAUUCCUCUCCCUUCUUUUCUUCUUCUCUCUCGUUUUUCUUUCGUGGGGAGCAAAAAAAAAAAAAAGCCUUUGCUUUCUUUCUUUUCUUUUCUCUUUCUCUGAUAUACCAGAGGUGGUGGUAACAAGCCAAGCCAAAGACCCUUUUGGUGUUUCUGGAAGAAGCUUAAGAAAAGCGAGGGACUUUUUGGCUCUACCAAGGGUUUGGAUAUAUUAGACUAAAUGGGUAGUUGUGGAAGAGAAGGAGCAGUGAGACAAUAUAUAAGAUCGAAGGUUCCUCGUUUAAGGUGGACUCCUGAGCUGCACCGUUGCUUUGUUCAUGCUAUUGAUAGCCUUGGAGGUCAUCAUAAGGCUACGCCGAAGCUUGUUCUUCAGCUGAUGGAUGUUAAGGGGCUCACAAUUUCACACGUGAAGAGCCAUCUUCAGAUGUACAGAAGCAUGAGGGGUGACUUGGGCAGACAAGGUAGGACGCCCUCCCAACAUAGAAACCAAUCUUUUGAGGAGCAUGAUGAUGGGUGUGUUGAUGAAGUGAAUGAUGUUGGUGUUGAGUACUCAUGUUCGAAAUCCAUGGGAAGAGAAUCUGAUUCCUUCUUCGGGCACAGUAAUCUCCCUCCAAAAAGAGCAAGAUUCGAGACGAGGAGUUCGAUCUCAGAGAGCCUGCAAUGCAGCCAAAGAUUAUGUGAUGCAGUUCCAAAUCCGUACUGUCUUUAUGAUUAUCUGCAGCCCAUGGCUGAGCACAAGGGAAUAAAAGAGUUAUGUGAAGCUUCAGCAUGCCAGACACAACCCCAUUCCUCUCUGCUACCUAAUUUUCCAAACCUCACCUCAUUCAAAUUUCCUAACCCACAAUCUGAUUUCCUCCAGGUUACUAAAUUAAACCAAGGAAUGAGUACUUCAAAAGCAAUAAAUGUAGUUGUGAACACUGAGACAGCUGAGGAAGAAGUAGGAGUAGGAGGGUAUGAAUUGUCGUUAUCACUCACAUUGCCAAAUCCUUCACCUCAGAGAAGUAAUGCUUCUUCGGGUAGUGAGAUCAGUGAAGCAAUCUCAUCAUGCCAUGGCCCUGGAUUUAGCAACUACAAGGACUUCUCUACUUCUUCCACUCUCAAUGAAAGAAUUAAUUUGGACCUAUCUUUGGCCCUAUGUGGUAAUUGAUUUGGUGCUCAUUGUAAAAUCAAUCUACUAUAGGCAUAAUCCACUGUAGGUUUUUUUCAUUUUCUUCACUAACAAUUUUGGAUGUCUUGUUUCUUCUGGGUAUCUUUCCAAAUUCCAAUCACCAUGUUAAUUUUUAUCUA